UAUAUCAGUGUGUCUGGGUCAGGUUGAAAGUUUUUACUCCAUAUUUUUAUUCUUAAAUGUAUUAUUGAUUUUUAUGAGUUAAAAUGAGAAGGAAACAAAACAAAGAAGAUGUAGAUAAGCGAGAUGAACAUACUGAGGAAACAAGUGAUGGUAAACAUAUAAAAACUGACCAACGAGGUGACAAUGAUUUCAUAUCAAGUCCUCCACUAUCUCAUGGAAAAGAUAAAAUGAAAGAACAGGCACUUCGUGUGGUAUUGAUAGCUCUGGCUGUUGCCACUCGAAUGAGAAAUCUGGAUGUACCCAGAAAUGUUGUAUUUGAUGAGGUUCACUUUGGACGUUUUACUACUUAUAUUUUAAAUGGCACUUUUUUCUUUGAUGUUCAUCCCCCAUUUGCAAAACUUGUUUUUGCAUAUACAGGCUAUUUAACUGGAUUAAUAGAUAACUCUUUUGUGUUUACUGAUAUUGGUCAAGAUCUUGAUGAAAUUUUAUCACAUGUUUGGUAUCUUCGUCUUGUCCCAGCGAUAUUCUCAAGUUUAGUCAUUCCUUGUAUAUAUGAGAUUCUUUUAGACCUUGGAUGUUCUGUCUGGUUGGCAUCAUUGGGAGCAUUCUUAGCAAUUUUUGAAAACAUGCUUGUUGUUCAGGGACAUUUUAUUUUACUGGACUCAUUUCUACACUUUUUUACUGUCUUCACAAUUAUGGCUUACUUAAAAUUUAAAAAAUGUAGUACAAGACCUUUCUCUUUUUCUUGGUGUAUGUGGCUCUUUUUAAUUGGACUUGGUCUAACGGGUGCUGUGAGCACGCGAUACACGGGGAUUUUUGUUGUUUUAUUGCUUGGAGCAAUGAUUGCGUUCGAUAUGUGGAAUAUGAUUGAAGAUUUAAGUGUUUCACCGAUACUUUGGGCAGGUCACUUCGCUUGCAGAAUGAUAUUUCUUGUCAUUCUUCCAGCAAUAUUGUACAUUCUACAGUUUUACAUUCUUUUGAGCGCAUUGAAGAACACAGGACCUCAGGAUGAGUUAAUGUCCAGUGCAUUUCAAGCCAGUUUAAAGGGUGGAUUAGCAAGCAUAACAAAGGGCCAAGCACAAGUUGUGGCGUAUGGUUCCCAGGUCACAUUACGUCAUACACAUGGUAAACAAUGUUGGCUGCACUCUCAUGCUCACGUUUAUCCAAUCAAGUACCCUGAUGACCGUGGAAGUAGUGCACAACAACAAGUCACGUGUUAUCCUUUUAAGGACAUCAAUAAUUGGUGGAUUGUGAAAGACCCAAAUAGAGAAAAUUUAGCAACAGACUAUCCACCAAUACCAGUCAAGCAUGGUGAUAUAAUACAGUUAGUUCAUGGUACAACUGGAAGAGCAUUAAACAGUCAUGAUGUUGCUUCACCCUUGACCCCACAACAUCAAGAAGUAUCCUGCUAUAUCGAUUAUAACAUUUCAAUGGCUGCACAGAACUUAUGGCGUCUUGAAAUAAUUAAUGGGAAUGAUGAAACAGAAUGGCAAGCACUUCAAUCACAAAUUCGUCUCGUUCAUGUCAAUACUUCUCAGGCUGUCAAAAUAACUGGUAAGCAGCUACCAGAGUGGGGAUUUAAUCAAUUUGAAGUUUGUACGGACAGAAUUAUCCACAGUGAUGAAACAGUUUGGAAUGUGGAGGAACAUCAACAAAACAUAACUUACCCCGAAGGUGUAAAACCGGAAACUGAAACAACGAAAACGGAGGAGGCAAAAGCGGUACACAUGCCAUUUUUUGAGAAAUUUAAAGAACUUCAGUUCAAGAUGAUCGGUGCUACCAAAGAACUUCAGCAAGAUCAUGCGUUUAGUUCACGACCGGAACAUUGGCCUUUUAUGAAUCGUGGUGUAGCUUACUGGCUUGAUAGGGAAAGUAAUAAACAAAUCUUCUGCAUUGGAAAUCCUUUAGUGUGGUGGCCUACAUCAAUCACAAUCAUAGUUUAUUUUGGAUUACUUGGAAUAUAUAUGUUAAGACGCCGUCGAGCUUUUUAUGACAUCGAUGAAGAAUGUUGGCAGAAAUACAUCUUCGUUGGUUGUCUAUUGCUGGGAGGAUAUUUCUUGCAUUAUUUGCCAUACUUUCCAACAGAACACACAUUAUUUAUUCAUCAAUAUCUUCCUGCAUUACUCUUCAAAAUACUGCUCUUUUCAUUCUUAUCUCAACAUGUCCUCGACAUUGUAAGUUUUAUUCCGUAUCUUCGUGUUGUAUUCUACAUCGGCUUGGCUAUAUACAUGUGCCUCGUUCUCAGUGCUUUUCAUUACUUCAGUCCGUUCACCUAUGGCGACACACAUUUAUCUAGCGAGGAAAUUCUUCAAAGAAAAUGGCUAAAUACCUGGGAUUUCUUAGUGCAUCACUAGCAAGGCAUGUAGUGCUAAAUGCUCCAAAAGGACAAAGUAGGGCAAGUUGCACAGAAAUCAGAAAACGUUUUGUGAUGCUUUAAACAAGUGUGUACAUUCUACACUAUCAAGAUAUGAUGCCUAUAAAGUUACAAAACUCUGAGGAAACCUUUUUCUCUGUACGCACCUCCAGGGCCUUUCAGAGUCUCAGACGGGGGCAAUUUACUCUAGACCCCAGACGUAAUGGGAGUAAAUUGCCUCCAUAGGGAAAAAAAAGCCUAAAUUACUUUGAAAGGCCCUUAUUAUCUCUAUUUAGUCCCAUGUCUGUAAGUCUCUAUUGCUGCAGGAAGGGGGUUUGAGGGAGGGGUGUGCUAGCACGGGAGGGGAGCACGGGAGGGAAGGAGUAAGGCGGCAAGUAAUUCAACAUUCCUUUUCCUGAAAAUCUCAUCAGUAAAAGUUUUGUUCUGUUCUCUUUUGGUCCUUCCUCGGAGAUUUCACAAGUUAUUUGCAUAGAGGGGAAAAGAUUGGCAAUAGAAAGUAACAAAGAACUUUUUUGAUAACCGUAAUAAUGCUUUUAGUUUUGACUUCUGUCUCCAUAGUAGUGCUCAUGUUUCCUCCAAUUGUGGAAGCUCUGCCCUUCCUUUCUACUUUGGCAUCAAGAAAGGCAUCGCUUCCCCAACACGCCACUACUGCACGCUACAUUCAUUCAUAUGGCAUAUAAAAACAAUAACUUCUAGAAAUACUUCUCGAUUUUUAUUGAAAUAAAAGAUUAUAUAGUUAUGAAGAUAAUAUUAUAGGCGUACGGGCCUAAAUAUUUUCAGGACGGAGCGACAAUUGUCCGAAUUACAACUAAAGGCUGUUUUCCACUUACACGUUUUUCAUACGCACGUAAUAAAAGUCUAAAUCCUUGUACAUGUUACCU